GAAAAAUAAUGUAAUCGUUUUAGAAUCAUUCUAGAUAUCUGUCCCGUAAAAUUUAGAAAAAAAAAAAGAAUGAUACUUUAUUAUUUUUAACAUUUUUAGUUCCACGGAAAAUUUUCUAACUGGCAAUCGUUCUAUUUUUAAGGAACAAAGUGAAGAUUUGAUAAAAUCAAGGCUUGAGUUAGAUAAAGAAAAAAAGAAGACAGGUUUAAUAUUGUUUUUAAAAUGACGUCGUAACGGUUCCUCGUUUAUGAAUUUAUUAGAGUAUCGUUAGAAGAAUAUCUACUCGAAACUAACGGUUCAAUGACCAAGGGGAUUUCAUACAAAAAGAAAGCCCGUCGAGAAAACCCGUUACUGGCAAGACCCAUGGUUUCAUGGUGGUGGUACAUGCUAAGCAUCUGAGCGUUGAUAGCGUCGAUUGCAUAAUUGUAACACGAUAAGUAAUAGCCAGUUCUCAGUUCGUUCCGCGAAGGAAAACUCAGCUACGAUUUGCCAUCUACCUGCUCCAUUUGUUGAACACAUAAAUACAGAGACUUAAGGUCGAGGUCGCUGAAACCCGUUUCAUGAAUGACUGCAGGAAGAGGAAUAACACCAUCAAAGGUGCAAGUUUCACAACCAUGCAUUCCAGCAUGGUUGCUGUGAUAAAUACUCUAAUCACGAGUGAAAACUUCAAGGGUAAAAUCCUCAGCUAAAUUAACCAUAAAUUCAACUUAAUUUCUUUGGGACCAUUAUUCCGUUCGAAUACUAUCAACAAAAUUGCAUCACGAUGAUUUUUCUCAUUUUCCGUUUCAAUCGCCAAAGGAAUGAUCAGAUAUGUUGAAAUAGAAUAGAGAAGUUCGAAGAUUCCUAAACCCAUGUAGGAUCCGUUACAAUUGCCCAUGUACAUCCAGCCUGGGCUUGGCAUCCCAUCAAAUUGAUUGACACCAAUCGGUCAAAGAAAAGGAUUUGUCUUGGUUCGGUUGGAAGUACCGUUGUCAAGGAAUUGCAUAAUGCUGGUUACACACGUAGCUCGUUUCUAGACGGGUCGUCGAUCACCCAUCUUGUCUGAAUUUCUUUGCCAACGAGAAGUCGGUAGCAACAUUGACCAAUGACCAUCGUCUGGUGACCAGAUUCUGAAGAGUACCGUAAGGAUAUUCACGUGUAGGUAAAACAGAGGGGGGUAGUGUCCGGUCAACGCUCUUGCACUCCCCGGUUAAUGUAUAUAAAGCAAGAGGUACGAACGAUGCUCACAGCAGAACAACAGUAGACAUGAUCGGGAAGAUUGUUAUCAUCAUUUCAGCUCUGGCCCUGGUAAGGGCCCAGAUACCAAGUCUGGGCUUCUGUCCAGAUUACGUCCCCAUGGCUAACUUCGACAUGACUAAGUUUUUGGGUGUCUGGUACGAGGCCGAAAGGUACUUCCAGCUCACGGAAGUAGUGUCGCGUUGCGUUAUGACGAACUAUACUUUGGGUCCUGAUGGCAAAUUUCGGGUCAGCAACGAAGUUACGAACAGAUUCACCGGAAUCAAGAGAGUGUUAGCGGGUGAAAUUAAGAAAUCUGCUUCGAAAGCUGAGGAGGGAAAAUUGACCGUCAAAUACACGAUACCAUUGACACCGGAAACCAAAUACUCGGUGCUCGAAACGGAUUACGAUAGUUAUGCAGUUUUGUGGAGCUGUUCCGGUAUUGGUCCAUUCCAUACACAGAACGCCUGGGUCAUGACCAGAGAAAGAUUGGCUCCAGGAACAGUGUUGCAAAAGGCGUACGCUGUUUUGGAUAAGUACAAGAUCUCGAAAACGUUCUUCGUGAAAACGGAUCAAGAAGACUGCGCUUUCUUGGACGCGCCACCAGUGAAACCGGCGGUAGUUGUGGAAGCAGUGUCGCAAAGUGAAGAGAAACCCCAGGAAUCGGAGGAAAAGCCUGAACAUUCUGUUCGAACUGCCGUGGUACCGGAUGCUCCACAAAUCAUCAUCGAAACAAACGACGAAAAAUUAUCGUUGAAGUCACAAGAAGGUAUCAAGAAGAAACCGGUGAACCCGGUUGCUGAACGAAUCGUGGAAGUAGCCGAGGCCCAGAAAGAAAAUCUGUCUAAGGAAACUGGAGAAAAGGAGGAGAAACAAAAGGAGGCUAUGAAAGAGAAAGUCGAUGAAAAUAUGAAACAAGGGGAGAAGACUGCUUGAAACUAGAACUCUAAAAAGAUAUUUUUAAUUCAUCUCAUUCAACAAAUUUUUCUUUUUCUUAGGCUCGUAGCGGUUUUAUUAUGGAAACCAGUCUCGCCUGAGUAUUCGUAUUCAUUAUUCUACGUUCCUUCGAAAAUGAUCACUUUCAUGGUUCAUGGAGGCAUAGGGGGAUGCU